AUGGCGAGCAACAUUACAAUUACUAGUAUUUGUCGGCUCUGUUUGUGCGAGGACGAUGAUGCUUUAUUUCCCUUGUCCUGCCUAAUCGAUUCGUCAUUGACCGAACAAAGUAUAGAACUAUUCACCGGCAUUCGGUUGUUUCAAGAACAAAACAUAUCCUACGCGAUUUGUGUCGAUUGUGGUAAUAAGCUGAAGAAGUGUGCCCUGUUUCGUGCACUGUGUUUGACCAAUGAUGCUCUGUUUAAGCAACUGUUUUCGGUGCUUAUUGAGAGUAAAGGAAAGGAGAACGGCGAGGAGGAAAAUUCCAGCGACAACGAGGAAACGGUGGAGGAACAGUACGAAUCGACUGUAGAAUAUGAGAUAGUCGAUAUAAAAGGAAUUAAAAAAUCAGAAGAAUCUCCACAUGAUGCUGACCGACAGGCCAACGUUGAGUUUGUAGAUGGAGAAAUGGACAAUGAUGGUGACACGGAUAGUACCGAAUGGGCGGAUGAAGUUGAGGUGAAUAACGAACAGCAGCAAGAUGCACUGGCGAACGAUUUGCCCGAACCAACCGUUCAUCAGGAAGAGGAAAAAGAUACAAAAUGCACCAAGAAAGUCGUACAAAGACGAAAAACGAGAGUUUCCGCUCGAAAGUUCGUGGAAAAUAAAUCCAGCAUUCACACUGUUACCAGAUCCGGUCGUAACUAUCGUCGCUGUGAAACCUGCGGGAAGAUGGUUUCUGAUCUGAAAAGUCAUCAGCUAAGACACACGAAGGAAAAACGAUUCGCUUGCACGUACUGUCCACUGAAAAUGGCGUUCCGUUCGAAUUUAAACAUUCACAUCAAGGCGGUUCAUUUGAAGGAAAUUUGCAAAACGUGUGAACUGUGUGGACAAGGGUUUGUUAAUUACAACUCGUACAAAAACCACAUGGCCUCUCAGCACGGGACGGGUGAAUAUAGUUGUGAAAAAUGUUCGAAAAAGUUUACCCACGUCCGAACAUACAACAGCCACGUACGACGGUACCACAAUACGGAACGUAAGAAAAAGAAGGUGAAACAACUCUGUGGAACCUGUGGCGCAAUGGUGACUAACAUCGCGACGCACAUGCAAACGCACACGCAGGAAAAAAAGUUCACCUGCCCGUACUGUCCAAUCGAAAUGGUGGAUCGAACGAAUUUGACGCGCCACGUGCAGUCGGUACACUUGCAGCGGGAAGUGAAGUCGUGCGACAUCUGUAACAUAGGUUUCAAGUAUCCUAGCUCGCACCGUUCUCACAUGCUUCGAGUGCAUGGUAUCGGCGACACAUUCGACUGCAACGUAUGCCAGAAAAAGUUCAACCAUCGAAGCGGAUUACGAAGCCACCAGGCACGGGUGCAUAGUAACGAAAGGAAAUUUGAGUGUGAAACGUGUGGUAAGCAGUUUAAGGUGAAAACAAGCCUCGUAAAGCAUCAGCUGGUUCAUUCCACCGAACAACCGUACGCAUGCAGCCACUGUCCCAAACGAUUCAAGAGCAGACACGGUCGAAAUUCACACCAGUUAACACACAGUGGUAUCGUUUUCCCUUGUCCACACUGUGACAAGACCUAUCGGUAUAAGGACGUGCUUGGUAUUCACAUCCGACAGACUCAUCUGCCAAAAGUGAUAGUAUGA